GUUGAUGUGAGCAGAGUUCUAUCUAUACUCAAUCCUCUCCAUCUUCCGGUUAGCGUGCUUUACUGCCCAAGCUUAUCACUUUAAUAAGUCCAAAGUUGACAGUAGAGAGGUUAUUUUGCGACUGGCAGCUCGGCGGUUUUGUUAUUUUUUACGAGCGCAUGUCCGGUCUCGGUUAAGUAGUUUGUACGUAUUAAACUCAUUACUAAUUUCAAGUUGUGACAACAAGAGCACGAGUCACGUUAAAUUAGCAUGGAAGUUACCACUUCGGGUUAAGUUCAGCUGCUGUUCAACCAGUUCAGUUUGAGACCUCAAGAACUUGAAGUGAACGUGUGGUCCGGUAGCUUGCACCGUACUACGGUUUAUUCUUCCAACUUUCGUUCUGCUGAACAGUCGACAUUCACUUCACUGUUAUCUAUUUAUCCAUGAUUUUUGCGUCAAAAUCUUUAAGGACGGUAGUUUACGAGUGAUUAGGCCUUUUAACGAAAUUAUUAGCCAUUUGAAGAAUGCUUUAGUUGUAAUCUUCCUGAAAUAGUCAGUAGGUGAAGCUGUGCACAGACUGGCAUUAUACCGAAUUUUGCGUAAAUUUUUUUGACUGGAUCGGGUUAAACAAGUGCUGCCGAGUUAUUAGCCGUAGCAGUUAAAUCUGUCAAGAAAACAAGCUGGUUUGUCAAAAUUGGCUUAAGCUGAGCUGCAGUCUAGAUACUGGUCACAGACCUAAAGGUUAACCAAGUGUAAACAAGAAAAAUCGAAAAACGGAAUGAUGGAGAAAUUGGGUACACCGGCAUAUAUUCCCAACCCUCUAACUUCACCUGCUUUGAUGGUUUUAGCUUCUACUGCAGAAGCCACACACCCGACAGCUUCAUCACCAAGUUCUAUCAGUGACUACCAUGCUCAAUACUCUUCCUCCAAUAGCAGGUUCAUUGAUGGAGACACUCUUCAUAGGAUGGUAUUGAGCACUUCUCCCUAUCAGCAUCGCCCCUCGCACCUAUCUUUGUAUCACAGUCAACAAACCAGUGAACGUUACUCUGACAGAGUUUCUCCCGACUACAACCCUCAUUAUUUCCAGAUUCAUUCUCACUUGGGAAGUGGAUUAUUACACAAGACUUCAGGACCAACUGCAGUUUUUAAUGGUACCAGUGCAUUCAGAAGGAUUAGCCCUCAUGAACAUAGCUUUUCUUUUCAUCACUUGCAGCAUCAGAGAAGUUUGUUAGAAAGAGAACAUAGUUUUGAGAGUCUUUACCACAAGCGCUCAUCCUUGGACCUUGAAAGUGAGCGUGAAAGAAUGAGCAAGGAUAAAGUGUCUCCCCAAGUUACUGAUAGAGAAAUGGGAGAAUACACUAAUAAUACUGACCACUCCCCAAAUGCAAGCCCUCGCAGUACUCACUCCACUGAAAGCAGCGAAAACAACCCAAGAUUUGAUACAGUGAAGGUUAAACAAGAAAAAGAAGAUAUCAAAGAGUGCUGUGAAAUUGCUGUUGAUGAAAACCAGGCUGAUGGCAACAGAAGAACCAAAGCCAAAAAGUCAGGGAAAACCCCUUGCUGUCCAGUAUGUGGGAUAACCAUUAGACCUGGAGAGAUGGAAAGUCAUUUUGCUUGGGAAAUGGAAAAGGCAAAUGAAGAGAUGAGAAAAACCAGAAGAAGUCAACGAGAAUCUUCUAUUCAAGCCAGAAAAGGUCACAUUACAAACAAGAGAGUAAAGCAAGAGAAUGAACUUGGCAUCCCACAUGAUGACACUCCUGCCAGUACUAGACACCAGACAUACCUCAGAGUGUGUGCAAAUAGAAUGGCCAGAACAGGUCAUGGUUCAAAGUCUACAAGAUCAAGAAGUGCACAGAGUUCUCCUGUCAACCCAUCCUACUUGCUUGAUAAGAAUGAUGAAGGUCCAUCAGGGGUAAGAUCAGCAACAUGUCCAGUGUGCGAGUCAGUUAUCCAUGGAAGUGGAGAGGAACUCAACUCUCAUGUCGAAGCUUGUCUAAGAAAGAGAGAUGGUAAUGAAGAAGUUAAUGGUCAAGCAACGUUUGAUGAGUAUGAGUGGGCAGGCCAGACAAGAAUACGUGCUACUUCUUUGCUAGAGGGUGGCUUCAAAGCUUCAGGGUUCCAAACUGGUAUCAAGAGAAAGAAUGCAGAAGAUGAUGGUGACUUGAAUAUCGAUGGUGAUGACUCAGAAGAAUAUGGCAAAGCUCAAUACAGUGAAAGUGAUAUCAUACCCUGUAGUGCAGAUGAACCUGCAGAAGAUCGUGCACGACAGGCCCUAAGAGGAGCAGUUUUAAGUGGUGAGAACUCUCCUGCUUCCAGAAGUACACCUACAAGAAGUCGCUGGUCUGAAGACGAAGGAGAUGCUAAUCACUCAUCAGAUGAGAAAACAUCUUCCAAAGAUGAGAAGGAAGACAUUGAAGAAGGGUCUAAUCAGCGUCUUGUUAUUAACUCACUCAAAAGUAGAGUCAAGGAUUUGGAAAAACAUACAGCAAUGGAAAAGGUCAAAUGCCUUAUCUGUAUGGAGCCGUAUUCUGUACCUCUGGUAUCAAUAUCGUGUUGGCAUGUUCAUUGUGAAGAGUGCUGGAUGCGUACCCUGGGUGCAAAGAAGCUGUGUCCACAGUGUAAUAUGAUAACCUCGCCCAGUGAUCUCAGGAGGAUAUACCUAUAAUUUAUGGCUAAAUAUGGCCAAGCAAGUCAAGAUAAUUUAAUAAUGAAUUGCUAAUUAAAGUAAAAUAUAGCUGGCUUCAUGGAAUAAUGUUGUUUCUGGUGCUACCUUCACAAUAACCAAGUAGAUUAGUGUCUGUAAAAUUUUCAAUGCAAACGAUUAUACAUAGAUCAAUUCUAGAGCAUAUGAGCGUACUGAGAGUAUUCAAAAGAGAAAAAACACUGUUUCAAUAAUGUAUAAUAUUUGUACAAAUAUGCUACAAAGUUCAGGUAGACUAAUUUGUUGUUUCUAAUAAGGCUCUAACUCAGACGAGACCAUUGAUUUGCCAUUGUUUGACCCAUUAAUUGGCAUAAGGAAGCUCUAUGGCCAAACACUAAAAUGAAUCAGAUGAAGGUGCCCUGCCCAUGUAAGCGCAUCCACUAACGAGCUAGAUUAUGUUUGCUGGACUUUGAUUGUCACCCCUGUUGGUGAUCAGAUGUAUGUAUUAUUCAGUGUUGGUUCUGUGCCGGGUAGUUAUGGAUACUCUUACAUGUGACCAGUGCUGCUCUCCGUUCUUAUAGCUAGAGUUAUUUUAUUUAACCCGUGACAAAAUAGCACGCAUAAUAGGCUUAGUAGAGCUAGUAGUAGACUCUAAAUCCUUUGUCAGUUUUCUUGUGUUUUUUUUUUUUUUUAUUAACUAGUACUAACUAUAUAUAUUUUUCUUUCUCGGGUUAAAUAAAAUCACUCUAUGAUUACACAAAUAUUACAAUACUUGAAUGGUAGAGACAUCGUGUGCAUAUUGCAAGCAUUCCCAAGUAAAGAGUGUUAAAAGACAAAAACAUGGCGGCCAUUGUGGUAACGUUAACAAUGGAUGCUAAUGAGAAAUCUUUUGUUAAAUGGUACCAACAUGGCCGCGAUGACGUAAAGUGCAAACGAAGAAUAUAGUAUUUUGCUUAAAAGCAUUUUGUAAAAUUAAUUUAAAAUGUUGAGGUCUAUACACUAUGUAGUUGGAAGACGGUUCUCGAGGACUUUGCAGCUUCUAUAGCGUAUUCAUUUGCAGCUGGAACACGCAUCACCUUCGCUUGUCUAAUUUAUACAGCCAGUGGUUGUAGAUGUAUCUUAUAAAUAGCUAAAAGCAUAACGUGCUAAAGGAAUUAUUAAAGGAUUUUAAGGGAAAAUG